AUGAAUGAUUAUGAUGAGAUUGAAGACCAAUACGAUAAGGCGUUAGAUGAAUUAGCCAAUAAAAUGGAAAAAUUACGUGAGGGGAACAACGUUAAGCUUGACUGCAUUAGAAUCCCAAAUUUCAACGGUAAUAUUGAAGAAUGGUCGUCUUUUCAUGAUCUAUAUAAAAGGCUUAUCCAUGAGGAUGGAAAAAUUUCGAAUGUUGAGAAAAUGUAUCGACUCAAAACAUUAGUAAAAGGAGAAGCAAGCAAGCUGAUACAACAUCUACCGGUGUCGGAAUUGAAUUAUGCUGUAGCUUGGGAGAUUUUGUCGCAAAGGUACGAAAAUGAAAGAAUGUUGUUUACAAUAUUGGUCGAUAAAUUGCUCGAUCAACCAUCUGUAUAUAAUGAUUCAGCGUCAAGUUUGAAAAAGUUGCUUGACACAUCGAUAGAAUGUAUCCAGGGGCUGAAGGCAAUGGGUAUAAAAACGAAUGAAGCAGAUCCAAUAAUAGCAAGGAUUAUAAUCAGGAAGUUGGAUAAGGAAGGAUUACGGCUAUUUGAGCAAAAUAUAAAAAGGACAAAGGAGAUUCAAAAAAUGGACGAUGUAUUACAGUUUCUGGAGCAGCAAUACCAAGCAGCAGAGGCGAUUAAAUCUAAGAAACAAACUAAUAAUGUAAAGUCUUUUCAAAAAACAACAGCGACAACUAUAGUAGCAAAUGAUUACCAGUGCUUUUACUGCAACAAAAAAGAACAUAUGGCAAUAAAGUGUUAUGAGUUUCUAAAGCUACAAGUCAAGGACAAAAAUACAUGGGUAAAAGACGCUAAAAUUUGUCGCGUCUGUUUAUCGCAUAAAACUACAAAAAGAUGCAAUAGUAAGACAAAAUGUCAAGAUUGUGGGAAGUGGCAUAAUACUCUUUUGCACAUUAAUUCAGGGCAAAAUAAUAACACAUCAACAUUAACAAUGAAUACGGGCACAGCAGAAAAUGUGUUACUUGCAACGGCGCAAGUGCGCGUAAAAAGUGUUCAAGGUGAGAUGAUUAUGUUAAGGGCACUAAUUGACCAAGGGUCGCAAACUACAGCUGUAUCAGAAGAAGCGGCACAAAUAUUAAAUUUACCAAGGAAAAAAGUAAAAAUGGAGGUGCAAGGGCUUGGAGGAACACCGGUUGGCGUUGCAAAGGCAAAAAUAAAUCUUCAAAUUCACCCACGAUUCACCAGUAAAUAUAAAAUAAAUGCAGAAGCAUUAAUUUUACCAUCAUUGGUAUCUUGUCAACCGGAUAAAACCUUUAGCUAUAAUAUAGAUAAGUGGGAAAAUAUGACCUUGGCGGACCCAAAUUUUAAUAAAUCCGAUAGAAUUGACAUAAUCAUAGGAAGCGAUCUUUACGGAGAAAUUCUUGAAGGCGGUCUACUUAAAAAAGAUAAAAUAUUGGCGCAAUCAACAAAGUUCGGCUGGAUAUUAUCAGGUAUUUUACAAGCAAAAAGAAGCAUUAAAGGAUUCAUCUCUUCCAACGUCGUCAACAUAGAAAAGUUUUGGGAAAUAGAAGAAAUUCCAGAGGAUGAAGAUUCAUCGGAAGACGGAUAUUGUAUGAAAAAUUAUGCUCCGACAACUACCAAAAAUGAAGAUGGACGAUUUGUAGUUGAGUUACCUUUCAAAGAAGAACACCAACUUGGCGACUCAUACAAAAUGGCGAUGGCACGAUUCAUAAAUUUGGAAAGAAGAUUACAGGCAAACCCAUCAUUAAAGAGAGAAUAUGUCGAAUUCAUGAAAGAGUAUCUAGCUGAUGGACAUAUGAAAAAAGUAAGUUCAAAAAGACAGGGAAAAUAUUAUCUACCUCACCAAGCAGUAGUAAGAGCGAAUAGUAUCACUACUAAGGUGAGAGUAGUUUUUGAUGCUUCGGCAAAGACCACGAAUAAAAAUAGUUUAAAUGAUGUAUUAUAUGUUGGCCCAAGGUUGCAAAGGGAUAUCUUUGAUAUAUUGUUGAAGUUUCGACUGAAAAAAUUUGCCAUAGUUGCUGACAUAGAAAAAAUAUAUAGACAAAUAUGGGUGAGUAAAAAUAAUCAGAAAUACCAACAUAUUUUGUGGAGAAGCGAGAUUAAUCAGCCAAUUGAAGAAUACAAGUUAGCAACUGUAACUUACGGUAUUGCCCCUGCUUCAUUUUUAGCUAUAAGAACUUUAUUUGAAAUAGCAAAUGAAUGUCAGGAUAAUCAGAUAUCGAAAAUAAUUAAAGACGAUUUUUAUAUGGACGAUCUUCUAACUGGCGGUGAUACAAGAGUGCAAAAGAAUUCGGCUAAGGAUAUCGGCACAUUUGGAGAAGUAUGGAUUUCAUUUGAGAAAAUGGUGCUCUAA